AAACUGUAAGAAGAGUAACUUUAUUACACUGCUGCAGCACGAACAACAGGAAGCAAAGGUGCGAUAUCUAAAAAAUAAUAAUAUGUUGGCACUUUUCGCUUUGCUCCUUGCGCUCUCCUAUGUGACACCUGGCCAGGGCGCUCGGGGUUGUGCUCCGUGCCAACCUUCUCUCUGCGCCUCUCUCCCGGCUGAGGGCUGUCCAGCGGGCACUGUCCUGGAUUCUUGCGACUGCUGUUCGGUUUGUGCAGCCGGGCAGGGAGAGCCCUGUGGGGGGCGAGGAGGCGAGGGUCGCUGUGCUGCUGGGAUGGAGUGUGUGAAGGUCGGUAGAUCAAACAAGCGAAAAGCCGGUGUUUGUGCUUGCAAGAGUGCUUACGAAGUAUGCGGCAGCGAUGGGGUCACCUACACGAACGACUGUGAGCUGAGAGCUGCAAGUAUACAAGCUCAGAAUACGAAGCAGGCUGAAAUAACACAGCUACAUAAAGGCCUUUGUGAACGAGCGCCCUCUGUUGUAACCCCUCCAAAGGAAAUCUGGAAUGUGACAGGAGCUCAAGUUUAUCUGAGUUGUGAAGUUAUUGGAAUCCCCACUCCAGUUCUUACCUGGAAGAAGGUUGUGGAAACCAAUAAAGGCGUAGAGAAGAUGGAGUUGCUGCCUGGUGAUCGUGACAACCUUGCGAUACAAAUCCGCGGUGGACCUGAGAAACAUGAAGUUACUGGCUGGGUAUUGAUCUCUCCACUCAGCAAGAAUGAGGCUGGUGUAUAUGAAUGCUAUGCUUUGAAUUCCAAAGGGGUGGCAAUGGCUUCUGGUCGUAUUAAUGUAGUGGAUUCACUUGAUGAGAUUCCGUCUAGCAAAGGUCCUGUGGAAGAACUUUAAAGUGAAGUAGGUUCUCACAAGUGGCACCAGACAGGCUCAGGAAUAUAGCAAGCCUGCUACUCUUCACAUCUGUCCAGCAUAGCGAUCUUGUCAAGAUGUAGCUGCUGAAUAUCUUCAUAGCACUUGAAGCUAGAAUCUUAAAGCUUGUAUUUUCUAUUAAAACAUUAUGUAUGCUUUAAAAAACAAA